AUGUCUACUAAUCAACAAAGCAAGCGGCGUAUAUGUCCGUGCUCAGUGUGUGAGCUAUCAGGUCUUUUUCAGACCGGUCAAACUAUCAAAAAUCACCUCAAGAACCACGGUCGUGCACGCAGGCAGCAUCUUGGCAGUGGUGAACCUCCGCAGGCUCAGCUGAUCAAUGGGACCGCUUCGGACGGAGAUAUCACAAGUCAGGACGAAUUUUUGCUGGAUGAUGACCCGAUACUCCCUGAUUAUGGGACACCGUCCCAAGAGCUUGAACUGCUCGGCAUUUUGCCAGACAAUGCACCUUCUGUAUCUGAUAUAGAUCACCCGGGCGGUUCGAGUUCCCCUCCGCUAUAUUUCCCUUCCUCAGAUGACGAUGACACAGAGUUUGAUCAACAGUACACGCCUCUGCCAAGCAGUUCUCCCCUGCCAUAUCUCCACUCGUCAUAUGACCAUAACGUGUCUCUUAGUGACGAUGAUUGUACUAGUGUCCUAUCACUUACCUUUAACUCGGCUACUCGCAAUCACACUGCUGAUGAAGAAUCACGUAUUAAUGCCUCCGACGAGGAGCUAUUGUACACUGAACAUCUCGACGAUGAAGAUCACUGGGUUCCUGAGAAUGAUCCGCAGUUUCUUCCCAACGAUGCACUAUUUGAGGAAAAUACUCGUGUCGACUCAGAUGAACCUGAUAGUGUUGUACCGCCCGCGUUAUCGGAACAUCAAGCACUGCUAAAUGGCUAUGUGCACGUUUUUGCCAAUGCUGCAUGCAGACGUGCGACACAUGCAGAUGCAGAAGAGACCCUCAAUUUACUCCAUUCAACAAUCACAAGCUGCUAUCCUGGCGGAAUUUCCCCUGAGCUUCAGGGUGACUUAGACAGCAUGGCGCGAACUCUUCGCACUGUCGAGAAAUGUCUCGGCAUUGAUACGGAGAAAAUUUUUACUAUCACCUGGAUGCUCCGCAGUGCUAUUUCGCCUGAAACAAAUGAGUUCAAACGCACAAAAACGCAUCCCAUACAAAGUGAUGCCUGUGGCGUCCUGGUAAAUGGGAGGAACUUCAACAUUGGCAGGAAGGAUGGGGACCAUGAACCAGCACCACCUAUCACACGAGAUGAGUGGUACACUGAGAAGGAUGUAAACGAGCCACUCACAGACAUAUAUGACGGGUGGAUGUGGCGUUCACUCCGUACGGGCAUAGUGCGCCAGUGGGACUCGAAGAAUCUCAAAGUAAAUGACAUUGACAUACAAAAACUCAACCAACGGUUCGUGUCCUUGAAAUGUGGCCUCGUUGUGCAUAUUAAUAUCGAUUGGUUCCGUUCACUUAAAUGUGCUAAUUAUUCCACUGGCACGGUUUGGCUGACUAUUGACAACCUACCGCGAUCAAUACAAUUUUUGUGGGAGAACACAUUUUUACUCUUCAUCGAGCAGCUCGCACAAGGGGUGCUUUUCAAGGUUUUUGGGCAUGACGCAAUGGAAAUGGUGCAUGUCGCACUCCCCUUUGGUCCGAUGGAUACUCCAGCACGUCUCAAGACAGCUGGCUUCAUAUCUCAGAACUCCGAGGACCAUAUGUGCCCAUGCUGUGACACUCCGUUUUGCUUGUUGGUUGAUCCUACAUGCUUCGAUCAUACACAAUUCCACUAUCGAGACUCCGCAAAGCAACUAAAGUGGAAAUUCAUACACGGACAUUCCAAUGAUCCCAAAGUACGAGCGAGCAUUGCAGAAACCAAGGGUGUCCGCAUGUCGAUUCUGGAUCGCCUUCCAAUGUGGAACGGGUCAUUAAGCAUUCCGACAGAGAUCAUGCAUUUGUUUUGGGGUCCAGGCACGUCUGGUCAAAUACACAGAGUUAUUUUGAUAGAAGGAUCAAUGUUCACCGGGACGGGGAAACACUCCGACAUCACACCAAUGGAUCGACUUACAGCAUUUCUCGAGUCCAUAUGGUGGCCGAAUAACUCAGGACGUUUUCAGAUCAAGAUUGCAAGUGGGGGCGAACAUCCUAAAGCAGAUGAAUGGCGAAAUUUCAUGCGAGUAUACCCUGUCGCAAUUGCAGUUGCAUGGCAAUUGUGGUCUCGCCAUGCUGAUGAUGAGGCCCCUUCUCCAAAGAAGUGCAGCAAGAUCCAACAGGCCAUCAUCAAGAAUGUAUCUCGCAAUGAAGAUGCCGACGCAGAAGAUUAUUUAGCACUUGAAGACAUCAAACCAUCUCACAACUAUCAUUCUCACUACGAAAACAUCCUGCGAUACUGUGCUGCGACCCGAAUCUUUGCCUCGCGAGAGAUCACACCUCAGGAGGCCACUCAAGCUGAAAACUUCAUAUCAGAGGCUUUUCAGUCAUGGGCACAAUUGAAUUGUCAUCUCACACCAAAUUUCCACUUCGCCGGUCAUGUAGUUGAGUACAUUCAUACUUAUGGCCCUGCAUACGCCUGGUGGAUAUUUCCCUACAAGCAUGCAAUUGGUAUGUUAGGAAAGGCCAACCACAAUGGCCAUGGCAGUGGCGAAGUGGAAGGCACCUACAUGCGAGCAUGGUGGAAGACCAUGCUGAUUCAAGAACUCUUGACACAUCUGCAGGAAAGACCUGAUCAAACCGAGCAGGACCAGCUAGCCAUUUGUGCGCUACUCAAGGCUGUCAAAGGUGGUGCCGAAGCUGAUCAGCAAAGAGGGACCCUUAUGAAUUAUAUUGUGCUCCUGUCCAACCCACACGAUUCGGCGAGGAUUGUAUUUCCGAAACAAUUCAAGUUAAUCAGCUUGCGGCCACUGGGUGUCUAUGCCAUUGUUUUGCAAUUCCUGCAUCUUCAUUUUCCCAAAUUCAACUUAACGUCAGAUGCAGGUGAAGCAUCCAAUGGUAUUCCAUUUGACUCACAAGGUGUCCGGUCAUAUGCGAAUGUGACCAUUGGUGCUGCAAAGUAUGGCUCAUUCCAUCAUCAUCGUGGAAAGGGAUUUUGCUAUGGCUAUACCAAUGGACGACAUGCUGCACAUAUUGAGUAUAUAUUGUCAGUCAACAUCCCUCGACAAGACCCUCCGAUAUCUGUCAAUGUUGCUCUCAUCCGAUGCUUUAAACAUCACCCACAGGAUGCCAACCACCCGUGGUCUCUAUGGGCAACUGACCUCAGGAUUGCAACCUGGAAGUAUAAUGUCCUCGGGAGCCUUGAGGCAUGUUGUCUUGAUGAUCUUAGUGGUCAAUUUGCAUUCGCACCAGUUCACGCACCAAGAAUGGGUCGCUUGUGGGUGACUUUCUCGUUAGACACGACCUCCCAAGAACCGGAUAACAGCAACCCUUAG